AUGUCUACGGACAAGAUGAAAGCCGACAAGCCAGAAUUCACUCCUCGCGAAGCCGAGUUGAUGGCUGCCGCCUUCCGGUCCAUGAGAGGCAUGCCCAAUAAGGGCCCCGAUAUCGACUACGCCAGGAUGGCAGUGAUCCUCGGCAUGACGAAGGGAUCUGUCUCCAACCUCAUGAGACCCCUCAAGAAGCGAAUCUUCGCCGGUGAUUCCGCACCUGCAACUCCUCGAAAGACCCCUGGCGGCCGUGGCAAGGUCAACAGCACUCCAGCUUCUAGUCGCGGCUGUGCGAAGACUAAAGCCAUCAUGGCUGCCCUCGACGAUCAGUUCGUUAGCAACAAUGGUCCCGAUGCUGAUGGUAGUCCGACACCGAUUCCCUCCCGUCGUAUGAACACUAGCAGCCCGUUGAAGCGCAAGGCCGGCGAACUUUUCGUCGACAACGAGGCAGAGGAGGGCACUAGCGUCGCUGUUCGUGAGCCCCGUCGGAAGCGCCAGGCUUCCCUCUUCGCAUCCUCGCGCAUCAAGAAGGAGCCCACCGACAACGACGAUGAGGACGGCUCGAGCAGCUCGGCUACCGCCGAUUCAAUCGCGGACCCCGAGUACGAAGGAUCCGAUCUCCACUAG